UUUAAAUAAUUUCAGUCUCAAACUGUUGGAAUAAUUUGUGCCAUUACCACAUUAAUAUAAAUUGUAUAAUUAUUGAAUUUGUACAAAUACCGUAAAAAUACAAUUGUUUCUGUGAAUUUCAGCUUGUCAACAGGUUAAAUUUGGCGUGCAGGCAAUUUUCGGUCCAUCGGACCCCAUACUUGGUCAGCAUAUACAUAGCAUCUGUGAUGCACUGGACAUUCCACAUUUGGAGGUCAGGUUGGAUUUGGAUUCGGAGGCGAAAGAAUUUAGUAUAAAUCUACAUCCCGCACAAAAUCUACUCAAUACUGCUUACCAAGAUGUUAUGAAGUUUCUUAACUGGACAAAAGUAGCUAUUAUCUAUGAAGAAGAUUCCGGCUUAAUGAAGUUACGAGAGUUGGUGAAAUCACCAAAGUUUCUAGAACUUGAAGUAUAUAUGAGACAAACUGAUCCUAAUUCGUAUAAGGAUGUCUUGGCCGAUAUCAAAACCAAAGAAAUUCACAAUUUCAUUAUUGACACUAAGCCAGAACAUAUGCAUCACUUCUUACGAACGAUACUACAACUACAAAUGAAUGAUUAUAAAUACCAUUACCUUUUUACCACUUUUGAUAUUGAAACCUUCGAUCUAGAAGACUUCAAGUACAAUUACGUUAAUAUCACUGCCUUUCGAUUAGUCGACGCGGACGACGCAGCAGUUCGAGGAAUUCUACGCGACAUGGAACGCUUUCAGCCAUCUGGAAAUACAAUCCUCAAUAAAUCACACGUUAUUCAGGUGAACUUACCAUAA